AUGGCUAAAAAAGAAACUCUUCUUAAUCUGAAUGCUAAAAGUGAAGAAGCAGCAUUUGAAACUACUGCUCGUGUAUUCCAAACAGCCGACUACAUUGCCAAAACAAAUCGACCCCUCAGUGACCAUGAGAGCCUCAUUGACCUACAGCAAAUCAACGGAAUUGAAAUGGGGCGUUUGUUGCAUAGUAGAACAGUUUGUGUAGACAUAAUCAAUCAUAUAGCCACUGAAAUGAAAAAGAGAAUUGUCAAUAAAAUCAUCGACAAUAAGGCAAAAAUUACAGUACUUGUCGAUGAAUCGACUACUCUCACUGGAAACUCGACUCUCAUCAUUUUUUUGAAAGCCGGUAUAGAUGGAAUUAUGAGGCCACUCACGUUUCCUCUGGACUUGAUAGAGCUGCAAAGCACAACAGCAGCAGCCAUUAAAGGGGAAAUUUUGAAAUGCUUGCUGUGUUGUGGCUUCACUAAAGAGCUAUUAUUGGAAGUGAUGAUCAGCUUUUGUAGUGACAGCGCAAAUGUGAUGUUAGGAGUCAAAGCUGGUGUUGGAAAACUACUACAAAUGGACUUUCCUAAUGUGAUAUUAUGGCAUUGCCUCAACCAUAGACUGGAACUUGCUGUUGAUGAAGCUUUAGAAGUCACCGGAGGUACAAAUGACUAUAAGGCCUUUUUGGAUGCAUUAUAUUCCUUGUACAGUCAAUCACCAAAAAACUCUCAUGAACUGAGCGCUCAUGCUAAUGAAUUACACAUUGUACUUAAAAAAAUCGGCAAAAUAUUCAAUUUAAGGUGGGUGGCGUCAACAUGGACAGCAGUCAAUGCAGUGUGGCAAACAUACCCUGCUUUGGCAAAACACUUCGAGACGGCCUCACAAGACCUGUCAAGAGUUGGAAGUGAAUGUAUUAAAUUUCAAGGACUACACUCAAAGCUGUGUUCUGUAAAUUUCAUCAGAAACCUUUCAUUAAUGCUGGAUGUGCUGACACAACUGAAGAACUUGUCCGAGAUGUUACAAGAACGAGACAUGACCAUUCCAAAAGCAGACAACCUGAUGCAAAUAUACAUCAAGAGAAUCGAAAGCCUAAAAACAGACCCAGGAAUUCACUCUGAAGAAGCUCAGAAGGCUGAACAAUCCAUGAUGUUCAAAAACAGCAAAUUAAACGGUGCUGGAAAAAGCCCCAGAAUCAACUCGUCUCAAUUCAUUCAAGCAGUCAUUGACAACAUGAGGACAAAACUCUUCACAACUGCCUCAAACAAAGCCGAUCAAAGCACACGUGAAGAAAGGGCUUCCAAUUAUAAGGACUUAAUUAACAAUUUGUCAGUUUUGAAUCCUGAAAAAUGGCAAGAGAAUCCAGAGAAUCCCCACUUUGGAGAAAAGGAAAUAAGAGCAUUGGCUGAUCAACUGAGAAUCAAUCAACAAGAAACACACUUGGGAUUUGUUGAAUUCAAGGCUUCUGGAGGAAAAAACAUUCCUGGUAAACUUAAAAAACUCGUUCUUGCAGUGGACACCCUUGCUGCAAGCAACACUGACUGCGAAAGAGGAUUCAGUGCAAUGAACAACAUCAUUACAGUGAAACGGAUUGUACUUACCACUCGUCAUGUGGCGGACUUGCUAUUCAUUUCAUGUGUGGGACCUCCUUAUACUCAGUGGAUUCCCAUGCCAUAUGUGAAAUUGUGGCUUGGAAAGGGCAGACGUGCAGCACAUUCAUCUCGAGGCAUGGCCCGAUAA